AUCGAUAAUUGGUUCAACAUCUAUGUCUCGCAUAUACAUUCCUACUCGACCAAGUGGCUCAUUUUCAUCAUGCUCAUACGGAAAAGCCAAAUAUACUAACGUUCCCCUCGAUACUGGCCCCAUUGACGUUCUUAUUGACGACUUGUGUUCCGUUAAUACUCACGUCAAAGAUCGAACGCCGGCCUGUCGUACUAGUAUUAUCGUCGAGGCCGCAUUUAAAAGGAUCGAACAUAGGGACCGCGUCCAUAGAUGGGACCACGGCAAUAUCUCCAUUAAGGACCUUUUCACGAGUGAACUCUCCAGCCUUCUUGAACAGCUUCUCCAGGUUUUCCAAGCAGAUCAUAGACUUGUUGAAAAUCUUGUCUUUCUCUUGAGCAUUGUAAAGGUGCAUGAAAAUGUUUCGCAUCCAGAGUGUUGCAUCUUCGUCCCUUCGACUCGAUGUCACCUUCGCAAUCUCGUUCUCAAACCUCUCGUUAUCAUAGAAGCUUUCAAAUGAGGGCUUUUUAUACCUUUUGCACCUUUGAUUGUGAGUAAUUCUCUGGUAGAUUUCAUGCUGUCGCUGAAUGAUCUAGUUAGAAGUGAGAAUCAGAAGCGCCUAUGUUGUGCCAUUUCGAGUCAGUAGUGAGCAAAACAGCUGAUAAUUUUGAAUCAGUGCUCUUUUCACUCGUCAUGGCACAACAAGAACACUCACUGCUUCUUAGAACAUUGUCGAAUCACUUGUUGUAUGCGCCCAGGCCGCAUCAGCUAUAAAAUACCCUUCUCACAUCCCUCAACC